AUGAACGAAAGGGGAAUGAUUAAAGAAAAAAGCGAGCACACAAACAUCAUAAACGGCAUAUUGUGUGCAUUGGGGGGCGCUGUAUGCACAUACGGAUCUUUAGAUGUCGACCACGAUAAGCUGCUCGGAGUCUCUUGGUGGAUAUCUGGCAGCAAGCUGUUCUUUAUUACAAAUAUGUCGCUGGUUAUAAGCCUGGUCGCGUUUGUUCUCGCGGGGAUAACGUACAAGAGAAAGAAUGACGGGUUUAAGAAAGCAUGCAGAGAGCUGAUGGUGUGCAUGCUAAGCGCAGAGGUCUUGAUAAUGCUCGUUUUCUGGCCAAUAUUCUGGGCUUGCCCAGCAGCAGUUUUCCCGAGGGCUUUGAGAGAGGGCCCCCAGAGAGUUGGGAUGCUGGCGAACAUCUGCAUGCACGGCCUUCCUGCGGUGCUGCUUCUGGGCACGUAUAUUAUGGAUGCGUGCUUGGCCCCGCCUGGGAAACUCGGGAUGGGGUGCUACGUUGCGUUUGUCACGGGACUGUCCAUGUCUUUCUACAAAAUCCGCGGUUUUUGGAGGUACCGAAUACUUUCGAAAUUUUCCACAUACUUAUUGGUGCUGAUUCCAUUCAUUCUGUUUGUUGCAGGAUGCCUUAUCGCCAAAGCCCUUCACCAGCUGAAGCUGAAAGUCCGCAGAAGCAGAGCCUUCAGAAAACACAUCCUGAGGACUGCCCGCAUUUAG